AUGAUGACAAAAUCGGAAAACCGGGGCCUCGUGUCCGACUUGAUGCCAAAUAUCAAGUUGAUGCAGAUGGCCGGACAUUUUCUGUUUAAUUAUCACUCAGAUAACUCUGGCAUGUCCUCUCUUCUUCGCAAAUUUUAUGCUAGUAUUCACGCCUUUUUGAUUGUGAUGCACUACUUUUGCAUGGCAGCUAAUAUGGCGAAGUAUUCUGAAGAAGUAAACGAACUAACGGCGAAUACUAUAACUGUUCUAUUCUUUUCACAUUCAAUUAUUAAGUUGUUAUUCUUUGCGGUAACGUCUAAAAACUUUUACAGGACCCUGGCAGUGUGGAACCAAUCGAACAGCCAUCCCUUGUUCACGGAAUCCGAUGCUAGAUACCAUCAGCUAGCCCUCACCAAAAUGAGACGUCUGCUCUAUUUUAUUUGCGGAACUUCACUUUUCUCUGUGAUUUGCUGGGUGACUAUUACCUUCUUCGGCGAGUCAGUUGUCAUGUUAGUGGACAAGGAGACCAAUGACACCAUAACUGAACCAGCGCCACGAUUGCCUCUGAAGGCCUGGUAUCCAUUUGAUGCCAUGAGCGGUACCAUGUAUAUCGCAGCCUUUGCUUUUCAGGUGUAUUGGCUCUUAUUUGCUAUAUUCAUUGCUAAUCUUAUGGACGUAAUGUUCUGCUCGUGGUUGAUAUUUGCUUGUGAACAGCUACAGCAUCUUAAAGCUAUAAUGAAACCAUUGAUGGAGCUCAGUGCCUCUUUGGAUACAUACAGACCCAACACAGCUGAACUGUUUAAAGUUUCUUCAGAGAAAUCAGAAAAAAAUCCCGACAAUGUUGACAUGGAUAUCAGAGGUAUUUACUCAACUCAACAAGAUUUUGGUAUGACAUUACGCGGGGCUGGUGGAAGAUUACAGAAUUUUGGUCAGAACAAUAAUAAUAAUCCGAAUGGUUUGACUCAAAAACAAGAGAUGCUAGCAAGAUCGGCAAUCAAGUAUUGGGUUGAACGUCAUAAACAUAUUGUCAGGCUGGUUUCAUCUAUCGGAGAUACUUACGGAACAGCUCUGUUAUUUCACAUGUUGGUUUCAACUAUUACGUUGACUUUAUUGGCUUACCAGGCUACAAAGAUCAAUGGUAUAAAUGUGUACGCGUUCAGCACAGUUGGCUACUUGAGUUACACCCUUGGUCAGGUAUUUCAUUUCUGCAUCUUCGGUAAUCGUCUCAUUGAGGAAAGUUCAUCGGUAAUGGAAGCUGCUUACUCCUGUCAAUGGUACGACGGUUCUGAAGAGGCUAAAACUUUCGUGCAGAUAGUUUGCCAACAAUGCCAGAAGGCUAUGAGUAUCUCAGGAGCAAAAUUCUUUACCGUCUCUCUGGAUUUGUUUGCUUCUGUAAGAAUUUUCAUUAUUUAA